UAUCCCCUGUUCUACCUUGGUAAUAUCGUCACAAAAGUCUGAGGAUUUUAAGAAGGAAAUACUUUCGUUAAUCGCGUUGUAUUUUUAAAAUAACUCGCAUUUCCGAUCCUUCUCAAUUGUGUCUCCAGCAUAAAGGCAUCUAGUGUGCAAAUUUGUUUGAAUUUCGUGCAGAAAAACCGACGGGGACUGCGACAAAAUUGAAAAUGUUGUGAAACGAGUGGAAAGCAAAAGCAGCAAAGAAAUUUCAGUUUUCAUUUCGAUUUUAGUUGUUUUCAUUUUAGUUCAGUUUUGUUUAGAUUUCUGGCAUUAGUGUCCGCUGCGGUAGAAAACAGAAGUUAUGUCAUCCACCGCUGCUAAACGUAAAGAAAUCUACAAGUAUCUGGCACCAUGGCCGCUGUAUUCAAUGAAUUGGAGUGUUCGUCCAGACAAAAGAUUUCGUUUAGCUUUGGGAAGUUUUAUCGAGGAGUACAACAACAAAGUGCAGAUUAUCAGUUUAGAUGAAGAUACAAGCGAAUUCAGUGCUAAAAGCACGUUCGAUCAUCCUUAUCCAACGACAAAAAUUAUGUGGAUACCUGAUUCAAAAGGAAUUUAUCCGGACUUACUUGCUACUAGUGGCGAUUACUUACGGGUGUGGCGUGCUGGUGAACCUGAUACAAGACUGGAAUGUGUUCUAAACAAUAAUAAAAAUAGUGAUUUCUGUGCACCGCUCACUUCAUUCGACUGGAAUGAAGUGGAUCCUAAUUUGGUCGGAACAUCAUCGAUUGAUACAACCUGCACGAUUUGGGGUUUAGAAACUGGACAACCUCAUGGACGAGUUUACGUUGCUGGUCACGUUAAAACGCAACUUAUUGCACACGACAAAGAAGUAUAUGAUAUUGCUUUCUCACGUGCUGGAGGUGGACGGGAUAUGUUUGCAUCGGUUGGAGCUGAUGGAUCUGUUCGAAUGUUUGACCUAAGACAUCUUGAACAUUCAACAAUUAUAUAUGAGGACCCGGCGCACACAGCACUUUUGCGAUUAGCCUGGAACAAACAAGACCCAAAUUACCUGGCAACUGUUGCGAUGGAUUCGUGUGAAGUUAUUAUUUUGGACGUUCGUGUUCCUUGUACACCUGUUGCAAGACUGAGCAAUCAUAGAGCAUGCGUUAACGGAAUAGCGUGGGCGCCGCACAGUUCCUGUCAUAUUUGCACUGCCGGUGAUGAUCACCAAGCUCUAAUAUGGGAUAUUCAACAAAUGCCUCGAGCUAUUGAAGAUCCGAUAUUAGCGUACACAGCAGCAGAAGGAGAAGUUAACCAGAUCCAGUGGGGAGCCACUCAGCCUGAUUGGAUUGCAAUUUGCUACAACAAAGCGUGUGAGAUUCUUCGGGUUUAAAAGUCGCAAAAAAAUAAACCAAACCUAAGGCUUGUAAAGCCAGAAAACCAGGAGAAGUGGGAGGAGAAAUAUCAGAGGAAUGUAAUUAAAGGAGAAUUACAUGAGCAAAUUAAGCAAUUGUAGAUGUCAUUCUUGAGCUUUCCUUUACGAGUAUUUAAUUUAUGUUUACGUAUUUUAUUUGAUAGUGUUUACCGCAUAACAGUGUAGUGAUUACUCUUUAUUUAUUAUUUUAAGUAGCUUCUAGUGUGGCACAUAUUGUGUCUUAUAUAUAUGACUAUGAAUAUAUAUUUUACGAUAUCUAAGUGUACUCUGUGCAACAUCUUGAUUUAAGGUAACAAUAAUAAUUUAAAACGUUUAGAUGUACAUUUAAUUUGCAAAAUAAGGGACUAUGUAAAUAUUGAUUUGAAGAGAAAAGGAUAAAUUCAAAGUGAGGCACAUACUUCCAUUUGUUGCGUUGCAUUUUCAAGAAAACUUUUAGGUUUAAUUUGGUGCUUUUGUGUUAGAACAUGAAACUGAAAAUAAUAAGCGAUUCUAGUAUGUUUUCUUCA